AUAAUCAUGGUGUGUUUAUGAGUGAGGUAGUGGUGGGGAGGCGAGAUGGGGCAGGCGCGGUACAUCGCGUGCGCGCUGCUCAUGCUGUGUCCGCUCGCGCUCACAAGGCACGAUGACGACUUCGCAUUCGACAACAGCGAAGAAUUCCAGGUUGAAUUAACAGCAAACCACUCAGAAAUAGCAAAAAAUGGCCUAAGGAGGUUAUGGGGCGUGCCCGACACAUCGGCCUAUGUGGGACAUCUGUUCCGAAUGGAAAUCCCUAAGGAAGCUUUUUCGGGAAAAGUAGUAGCUUAUAAGGUUCGUAAUGAAGAUGGUCGACGCAUGCCGAGUUGGCUGGCCGUGGACUCGAGGCACGGUCUGAUCAGCGGCGUCCCGCAGAAGCAGGACCUCGGCACCCACACGUUCACCGUCACCGCGCACGGGAACACCCGCGGACUCACUGCGACUGACUCUUUUACUAUUGAGGUGAAGAAGGCCCAAGACAAGCCCCACUCGAAGUACGGGACGUGCGUGGGCGACGAGAGCCGGCUCGUGCUGGUCAUCAUGAUCGACGGCUCCUUCCACAAGGUGUCGCCGCGGCAGAGGAUACGCGCGCUGAUGCAGCUGGCCAACUUCAUGGCACUCGAUGGGGACGAGUUCUGGAUGGAGCCCUAUAAGACGGAGACCCACUCCGAUACGAUCAUGAGUGGAGUUGGCUCCGCACAGCGCAGGCACGGAGACGCCACUACCGCCAUCUAUGUCAAUGUGGGUUGCGGCAACAAGCUGUGGAGUCAUCACAAAGUGUUGGUAGCAGGUCUACGGGAACAGUCUCGUGACGGUACACUUGCUCACGUGCUUCGCCUGCCCGUCAUCGGCUGGCGGCUGCUCGCGCUGCAGCCCGCGCCCAGGAUCAAGAGACAGCUGGAAGGCUCAGGUGGCGGCAUCUACGACACGGAAUACGAUGGUGACGAUGAUGAGGCUGAAGCCGACGCCGACUACAGCGGCUACGACGAUAACGACGAUGAGGACGGCUACACUAACAACGACGUCGGCAUCACUGAUCUGCAUAACGAAGUUGGCAUCACAGCUCUCUCUUCAUCACCAUCGGAGACCACAAAUGUGAACUUCUCAGUGACUCCCACGCGGCCUGUGAGCCCCCGACGUCUUGACACAUUCCCUCCAGUCGUACUAGAAGAAACCACCACUUUAGAACCCGAGGUGCAAACCGUAAUAAUCCGUGAGUCGAACGAACUCCCCCCGCUGUCGUCGACGGAGCCGGCGUCCCCGUCUCCCUCGCCGGAGCCGACGACCGCCAGCUCGGCCACCGCGGCCAGCAGCCCCGAGCCCGCCAGCAGCGCGGCCCCGCCCAGCAGCCCGGCCCCGCCCACCACGCCGCCCACCACCCCGCCCCCGCCGCCGACCACGCUGCCCACCACCGUGCCCACCACGUUGCCCACUACCACGCCCAUACCUGAGACCACCUUACAGGAGGUCACCAAACAGGUCCCAAUCACCAGUUAUUUUACUAAAAAUGGUUUAUAUAGGAAACGAACCCAAACUGAGGGUAGGAGCACAAUAAUCGGUCAGACUACUGAAACUGUGACGUGGGCAGCUCACAUCAACCAACCACCGACGCUCAAACACCACAUGAAGAAGCUAGCCAUCACUGCUGGCAAAGCAUUCAGGUACAUUAUCCCGGCUGACCUAUUCACGGACCCGGAGGAGGGCAGCAACCUCACGUUCACGAUGUACGAGGCGGAGAGCGUGCUCAGCAACAACUCUUGGAUACAGUUCAUACCUGCCGCAAGAGAAGUUUAUGGAUUACCGCUGGAAGCCCACGUGUCUCGCUGGAACUUCAUAGUAGAAGCUCAGGACAGCGAAGGACUGGUUGCCCGUGGGCCCCUCGACAUCACCGUACAACAACACAAGAGCGGUCGCACCAUCAACCAUCAGUUCGUCAUGGAGUUCAAACUCCAGAAAGAAUACAACAACGCCAUAGACUGGCAGAUUCGAGCAUUAGAAGGGAUUGUCAACCUUUUCAGGGAUACAGACAUGGAUCAUUUGACUGUGUUGAAUACGACACAGAAUGGUGAUAUGUGCGAGUUUGUGUGGACUAAUGAUACGUUACCAAAGGAUCCUGCUUGUCCCAUGGAUGAUAUCAAUAGGUUGAUGAAGAUAAUGGAAUCCAGCAGCUCCCCCGGGUCCGCGUCGGCGGGUCUGUCCCGCGCCAUGCAGCCGGAGCUGGCGGCGCGGGGCGUGCGCUGGCGCGGCGCGGGGCGCUGCGCGGCGCCGCCCGCCACGCGCGCGCCCGACACCUACCCGCCCGUCACCAGGAACCAGGUCGACCAUCUCACCGCCACAGUGUCGCAUCUCUUCGUCUACAAGGUGCCCGAGGACACUUCUUCGACCCGGAGGACGGCGACACCCCGCAACCUAGCUCUCUCUCUCCGCUACAGCGACCGCACCGAGCUGCCGGCGGGCCACUGGCUGCAGUUCGACGCCAAGAACCAGGAGUUCUACGGCCUGCCCGCGCCCAGCGACGAGGGCAGCGUGUCCUACCAGCUGAUUGCGGAGGACUCAAGCAAAAAGAGCGCCUACGACAGUCUCAUAGUAGAAGUAGCGAAGGCACCCACAAUCCGCCCGACAGUCGAGUUCCAAAUGACUAUGGAGUACCCGUUCCCGAUGCUUGCGUACGACGCCAACAAUAAGAGGAAGGUGGUGGAGAAACUUGCGGCACUGUUUGGCCAGAAAGAGACGGAUAAUAUCAGGAUACAGAGCAUCACUAAUAAUCCUACUACUAUUAUAUGGUACAACACAAGUCUGCCAAUGGAUCGCUGUCCCAAGAAAGAGAUCGAAGAGCUCCGCAAAAUGAUAAUAGUUGACGAGCGAGGGUCGACAGGCGCCGCGCUCAAAGAGAACGUCGACCACGUGUUCGAUAAAGACUUGAAAGUCAUGUCCAUAAGACUAAUACCGCUUGGCCUCUGCGCCGAGCAGAACACCAAAGUACCGAAGACGACCAUCCAGGUUCACUCAGGGUCGUCGAACCUGCAGAACAACAAGGCCAGUAACGCCGCAGACCAGAGCUAUCUGGUAACCUUCAUCAUACCCGCUGUCGUCAUCGUCUGCAUGAUAUUACUCGGCAUCAUUGCCUGCGUGCUCUACAGGAGACGGCGAACAGGCAAAAUGAGCGUGGGCGAUGAAGAGGAGCGGCAGGCGUUCCGCUCGAAGGGCAUCCCGGUGAUCUUCCAGGACGAGCUGGAGGAGCGCGGCGAGGAGCCGGCCGCGCACAAGUCGCCCGUCAUCAUGCGCGAGGAGAAGCCGCCGCUGCUGCCGCCCGCGCCCGACUACCGCGCCGCCGACGCCGCGCCCUACCGCCCGCCGCCGCCCUUCGCCGCCUCGCGCACGCCGCCGCGCCCCAAGGCCACGCCCACCUACCGCAAGCCGCCGCCCUACGUGCCGCCCUAACUCCCCCCCCCACCCCGCAGCCCGCCCACAACACCUGCUCCGGCCACCGACGCUGCGGACUCCACUAGUCGACGAACACCGACAGUUCAUUUCUUAAUUAAUUUAUUUAACUAUUAAAUCUUUCGGCAGCAUUCGUGCACCUACAAUGAAAUGCAUUUAUAAAUUAGUUAGAAGAGUAAAUUUGUCGACGAAACGAGGAAUUGUGCACAGUUUAAUGUGACUACGAAUUUCUUAUAAUGUAAGUACGUCACGAAAUUAUACCUUGAGACUAAGGUAGAUGACGAUUUUUCAAUUAUGUAAAAACUGGAGACUUCACAAUAAAAUAAUGUACCUAGUGUUAUUGUUGAAGUAGAUGAUGUUACAUUAGCUCUUAGGUUAAGCGAAGUUCAAUCGAAUGAAUGGUGUCGAAUGCAGUCUUUAAACAAUUUAUGCAUGCUGUAGAGUGAGAAGGAAAUAUAUAAAUUAUACAUUAUUAAAAAUUGAGAAUUUAAUGAUUCGUGAAUCUUAUGCAACUUAACGCAUUUUUUGAAUAAAAGUAACUUCAUGUUGGCAUGCCAAUGUCAAUUAUCUACAACUUAUUUAUUUGCUAAUGUACCAAAAUGACAGUAAUAAAGUGUUUGGCAAAAAGCGUGCCAUUGUUUCGCAGUUGUUAUUUAAUGUAAUUUAAAAUAUAACAUAUCGAAAGUGUAACAUUUUAGCCUUUAGCGUAGAUCUUCCAUACACGUUAUAUUUAUAAGUAGUGCGUGUGUGUGUGAAGUACAUUUGAGGUUACUUGUGUGCGGCGGUGUGACGCCACAGUCCCCCGCCAACAAUUUAACGAAUCGCUGUUAAUAAUGCAUGAAUUGGUCAUGAUUAGCUGGUGUGUAAACUAUAAAUUACAAUUAACAUACUAUUGUAAUGAAAUAUACAACUGACUCUAGUUAUAGGCUACGAAUAGAUAUUUUUAAGAAUGGAAUAUCAUUUUGUACUUGUCUAAUAUUACCAUAGUUUGUAAGGUUAACAAAUUAUGUAAACUUAGGGACUUGAACGAAAUGAGCUAUAAUAAUAACUUUUCCUUUGGAUGUAUUUUUUUCUACUGUAUACUCAUUUAGAGUUUUGCAUUUAUAGAUCUUUUUAGUGUUAUAUACAAUUUUAUAGGCCAGCUACAUUCAAGUGUUCAGUUGAUUUUAAGUUUUGUGAUAGGCGUACUUAAAUGUCCACAUAUAAAACCGUACCAUUUUCAUUCCUUCUGUCUUAUUCAUAGCUAUUGUUUUCCCCUUUAAACCCGUUCUAAUUAUAUACGCACAUAAUUUAUGUAAUUAAUGAGCUUUUUAUUUUAAAUAAAUAAAAAUUGGUCUAGAAACGAA